AUGGGUGUCGGGAAUGAGGACGCCGUCGUGAUACGGGUGACUGAGAAGGCAGGCGAGCCGAGCAAGAUCACCGUCAACUGUCCAGACAGGACUGGCCUGGGCUGCGACUUCUGCUGGAUCAUCCUCGACUUUGGUUUCCGGAUCACCAAAGGCGGUGAGAAGGCCCCUUCUCUUCACUCCUUCGCGUUUCUGGUCUUCCUCUCUCAUCAUCGUCUUCGUUUCCCUGCUGCUUCAUUCGACUGCUGGUCUCUGGGUUUCUCUGAGCAGGCAUUGUUCUACACAACCCCUUGCGAUCAUACUGUUUUCCUUGACACUGGUCGAUUGGGCCUCUUUCCUCUUUCCUCUGAACAGUUUUUUUAGCCGAUGGGCGAAUAAUCCGAGGUCUAUGGGAAUUUUUUCUUUCUUUCUUGAGUUACCCCCCUAAUAUCAUGAAUUUAUUAAAAUCUUCCUUCUGAUUUCCGCCGCGGAUUCUCCAUCGUCUCCCCGGAUUUGGGUUUCGUGAAUUUAUGUGAGAAUCCUCAUGUUUUUUUUAUGGGUUUCGAGCUUCGGCCGGGCCCUGUUCUUGCUCAAAUCUUCCACGCAUGAUGCCUCUUUCUGCUUCAAUUAUGGGUCUCGCUUUUCCAUGGCCGCCGCUUUGACGAUAGACGUAUCGACCGAUGGAAGGUGGUGCUACUGCGUCUUUUGGGUCCUCCCCAGCGCCGACGCUGGGAGCGUUCAGUGGGGAAGCCUCAAGACCCGCCUCCUCUCGACGUGCCCUUCCAUUCUCAUCCCCUUCUACGAUGUGCCCACCAGCCGCCAUGCAGCGGCUCCCCAGGUCUACCUCUUGAAGAUCCUCUGCGUUGACCGGAGGGACCUGCUUCACGGUGAGCUGACCUUCCAUCUCUCAUCUCGAUCAUCAGCUUCUUCUCUCAUUCCGAUGGUUUGACUCGCUCCACUUCGCCUCUCUCUCAGAUGUCACCCGAGUCCUCUGCGAGCUCGAGUUCACUAUCCAGAGGGUGAAGGUCUCGACGACACCUGGCGGCCGCGUCGUUGACCUUUUCUUCAUCACAGACGGCAGGUGAGCAAGCAGACACCCCCCCCCCCCCGGCGCCUGCCUUCUUCAUCCAUUGUCUUCUUUCAGUAAUCAGGUGGUGUUGGCGUUGACCACAGGGAGCUGCUGCAUACCAAAAGUAGGAAGAAGGAGACCUGCCAGCGGUUGAACGCAGUGCUGGGAGAAUCGUGCGAGCCGUGCGAGAUCCAAUGCCCCGGGAUAGAAUACGAAGCCUUCCAGCAGUGCUUCUCCUCUCUUUCUCCAGCCGUUGCUGAAGAGCUGUUCAGGCCCGAGCCGAUCCCGGAUGUGAGGAAGCUGAAGCAGACCGUCAUCACAGUGGACAAUUCAUUGAGCCCCGCCUACACCCUGCUCCAUAUCCACUGCGUAAAUCAGAAGGGGCUCCUCUACGAUAUCUUGAGGACCUUGAAGGACUGCAACAUCCAGGUGAGCCUUCCCCCUCCGUCUCGACCUGCAUCUUUUGAACAACAUGGCGACCGAGGGGGUUGAUGCUGUAGAUUGCCGGAUGCUUAUGGGUCGGCAGAGAAUAGGUCAACGGAAGGGACAUUCUGAAUGUGAAAUAUCUCGAUGCUUGAGAUGCCUUUGAUGAAAACCAUAAUCAAUAGCAUUUUUGGUUAUGUUUCUCAGCCAUGAAUCCAGGCAUGACGAUGAAGAUGCAGAUAUGGAUCUGGAGUGCUCACUCAGCGAUUUCUUUGUGCCUUCUUCUUCCUUCCUCCUCUGCAGAUCGCCUACGACCGAUUCCUAUCGGACAUGGAGGGAUUCCGCGAGAUCGACCUCUUCGUCCAGCGGAGCGACGGGAAGAAGAUCGUGGACCUUGAGGAGCAGCGCUCUCUGUGCUCCCGCCUCGCCGUCGAGAUGCUCCACCCGCUGCGCGUGACGAUCGCCAGCCGCGGCCCCGACGCCGAGCUCCUGGUCGUCAACCCCGUCGAGCUCUCCGGCAAGGGCCGCCCCCGCGUCUUCUACGACGUUACCCUCGCCCUCAAAAUGUUCGGCAUCUGCAUCUUCUCCGUAUGAAUCUUCAUCUUCCUCCUCCUCCUAGAUCCUCCUUGAUCCUCCUCUUUAUAUGAUCCUCAAUGGUUUUGAAUUGCAGGCUGAGAUUGGCCGUCAGUCGGCGAUGGGGAGGCAGUGGGAGGUGUACAGAUUCCUGCUCGACGAGGCCGGCGAGGUUUCCAUGUCGAAUGACCGAGGAAGAAGACGAGUUGUGGAGGCUGUGAGGAGCACCUUGAUGGGCUGGCCCCAGUGA